AUGGGCAAUAUCCAUAUCAUGUCCGGAAAGCCACAGCAGCGAGUGAUGAUCCCGCCGAUCAACCUCAUCUUCAAGUUUCUCCAGCAGCAGUCGUUGGUGAACAUCUUCCUCUACGAGCAGACCUCGAUGACCAUCAAGGGCAAGAUCAGAGGCUUUGACGAGUUUAUGAACGUGGUAGUGGAAGAGGCCGUGGAGGUGAGGAACGGGACGGAGGUUAGCUUGGGCCGCAUCUUGUUGAAGGGGGACAACAUCAGUUUGAUCAGCAGCCUCGAUGACUAA